UAUUUAUUUAGUGUUGUAAUGUGAAUAUAUUCUGCAGAUGGCGACAGUUGCAGUAGAUAGCAGCCAAGAACCAGCGCCAGAGUGCAGCACUGCAUUCGCUCCAACCGAUAAUGACUUCAGCCAACAACAUUAUUUAAUCCCUGGCUACAAUCUAAUAUUCAUCAAAGAAGAAGAUUCCCAAGAUGGAGAAGACAUUUCAGAAGAAGUUGACUUUGGCGCAGUGAAGAGUGAAGCAGAGAUGUGGCCUUCUAUCAGCGGCACUGCCAAUGCAACAGAAGUGGGUGGACUGGAUGCACAUUCAAUCUCUCCAGUGGAAAAGUGCACUGAGCCAACUAUGGCUGGCAAAAAGACCAAGCUCUACAGCUGUUCUGACUGCAGCUAUGAAACAACAUGGAUUGCUGCUUUGAAGAGACACAUUAGAACACACACUGGGGAAAAACCAUUCAGUUGCGAAUUUUGUGACUAUAAAUGUAGUCAGAAAUCUAGCUUGAAAUUACAUCUCAGAUCACAUACAGAUGAAAAACCAUUUAGUUGUGACUUUUGUGAUUACAAAUGUGCUAUUUCAGCCAGUUUGAAGAAACAUAUCAGAAUACAUACAGGUGAAAAACCAUUUAGUUGCGAAUUUUGUGACUAUAAAUGUAGUCAGAAAUCUAGCUUGAAAUUACAUCUCAGAUCACAUACAGAUGAAAAACCAUUCAGUUGCGAAUUUUGUGACUACAAAUGUGCUUGUUCAGCCAAUUUGAAGAAACAUAUCAGAUCACAUACAGGUGAAAAACCAUUUAGUUGCGAAUUUUGUGACUACAAAUGUGCUACUUCAGGCCAUUUGAAGAGACACAUCAGAAUACAUACAGGUGAAAAACCAUUUAGUUGCGAAUUUUGUGACUAUAAAUGUAGUCAGAAAUCUAGCUUGAAAUUACAUCUCAGAUCACAUACAGAUGAAAAACCAUUCAGUUGCGAAUUUUGUGACUAUAAAUGUAGUCAGAAAUCUAACUUGAAAUUACAUCUCAGAACACAUACAGAUGAAAAACCAUUUAGUUGUAACUUUUGUGAUUACAAAUGUGCUAUUUCAGCCAAUUUGAAGAAACAUAUCAGAAUACAUACAGGUGAAAAACCAUUUAGUUGCGAAUUUUGUGACUAUAAAUGUAGUCAGAAAAAUAACUUGAAAUUACAUCUCAGAACACACACCAGUGAAAAACCAUUUAGUUGCGAAUUUUGUGACUACAAAUGUGCUUGUUCAGCCAAUUUGAAGAAACAUAUCAGAUCACAUACGGGUGAAAAACCAUUUAAUUGCGAAUUUUGUGACUACAAAUGUGCUACUUCAAAUGCUUUGAAGAGACACAUCAGAACACACACUGGUGAAAAACCAUUCAGUUGCGAAUUUUGUGACUAUAAAUGUAGUCAGAAAAAUAACUUGAAAUUACAUCUCAGAACACAUACAGAUGAAAAACCAUUCAGUUGCGAAUUUUGUGACUUUAAAUGUAGUCAGAAAUCUAACUUAAAAUUACAUCUCAGAACACAUACAGAUGAAAAACCAUUUAGUUGUAACUUUUGUGACUACAAAUGUGCUAUUUCAGCCAAUUUGAAGAGACACAUCAGAAUACAUACAGGUGAAAAACCAUUUAGUUGCGAAUUUUGUGACUAUAAAUGUAGUCAGAAAAAUAACUUGAAAUUACAUCUCAGAACACACACCAGUGAAAAACCAUUUAGUUGCGAAUUUUGUGACUACAAAUGUGCUUGUUCAGCCAAUUUGAAGAAACAUAUCAGAUCACAUACAGGUGAAAAACCAUUUAGUUGCGAAUUUUGUGACUACAAAUGUGCUAUUUCAGCCAGUUUGAAGAAACAUAUCAGAACACAUACAGGUGAGAAACCAUUUAGUUGCGAUAUUUGUGACUACAAAUGUGCUACAUCAGCCAAUUUGAAAGUUCAUAUCAGAACACAUACAGAUGAAAAACCAUUUAGUUGCGAAUUUUGUGACUACAAAUGUGCUCAAUCAGGUGAUUUGAAGAGACAUAUCAGACUGAAACAUACUGGGGAAAAAGCCUGUGAAGAAAUAAUUCUGUGAUAAAUGUUACUUAAUGUGCUGAUUCAUGUACUUAUAAGGCACAUAAUAUUAGAAGGCAAACUGUUGAAAAAUAAUUGAUUAAUAGUUCUAUUGACAUUGUUUUGUUUUGCAAUUGAGAUUUGUGUGAUUGGUGUCAGAUUCUCGUGCGCUUAAUCAUUUAGUGUAACUUAAUUGAGUAAAUUUCAAUUCAGUACAUUUUUCCGUACUGACUAGGAUGACAUGAAGGUUUAGCACUUAGCAGAUUGAAACAUCAAUUGGGAUUAAUGAGUGCAAUUUUAUGCAAGUUGAGUCUAUGUCUUUAUCCAUCUGCCAGAUUUACUUUUCUCUCCUCAUAUUAACUUAUCCAGAAAUAUUAAUUUGCAGAAAUCAAAGCAACAAGUUGGUGAGUUUCUAAUGCUUUAUCCUUAAAACUUGGUCUUGCAAGGAGCUCUCCCACUCUCGUUAAAUGUAAAGAAUAUUCAUGCCUCUUCAAUUGUAAAUUCGUAAAAUUCAAAGCAAUCUACACAUAAUAUUUUUCCAAAUUUAAAUUAUUUAUUUGCAGUUUUAUUCGUUUACAAUAUGAAUUUCUGCAUUGUUACAAUAAAUCUACAUAUAUUCAAUUAUAUAAAUCACAAAUUUAUAAAAUACAUAAUAAGACACUAAAUAAGUUUAGUAACUAUUAUAAAGCUACUAUUGUUUCAUUUGAAUCCAAUCAAGCCUUGUGUCGUUGGAGUUAAUUCCAAGGGAGGAAAGCGGUAAAAAAAUUAAAAACUUCAAAAGUCAUCCAUCUAAAAACUCGAGAACCGAGACAUAAGCUCUAUUUGUCAAUACUUUGAGAUAUUCUUCUUGAAUUGAAAUUUUGAAUUAAAAACUUUAGUUUCGCUUGGAAAAUUGUAAGUACAUAAUAUAGUACCUUGUCUUCUAUGGGAGAACAUACGGUAGGCUACCUGAUAUUCUUCGAGAUACCAAUGAGCCUCACAACUGUUAUAUGUCAGCCAAGUCCGCCAGUUUAUAGUGUUCUUGUGGAAUCAUGUUCAAUCUGAAUAGUCAUUAUCAGACUCACUGUCAUAUGUAAAGUGUUUAGUUGUAGAGUGCUAGUAAAUCGAUAAUUAUCCAUUCAAUCUCACAACUCAGAAAGAUUGUCUUGUUGGGAGAUUCAUACAUGAAUCAAGGUUCAUCUGAUUUAUAAAAUUAAUUUUUAGCUCAUUGAAUUUAAGCAUUGAGUAAUAAUUAUUAGACUGAUAGACAUGUGUCAUGUGUUCAGUUAUGAAUGUAUUCCAGUUAAAUCACUUGGCAGUGUUUGGAAAAUGACAAAUGUUUUCUGGAUGCUGACUGGUUCACUGUUGCCAACUACAAAAUUCUCACCCACUGACUCAAAUUAUCUAUCAUCUUUCUCAAUUGAAUGUCAUUUUCAUUGCAAUGUUUAUUUAUUUCCAUGACUGAGUUCAGUAUUAGUGUAAAGCAGAUGGAAAGUGUAAGCUACCUGCAACAUUGACAAUGUAAUCCCUAGAACAACAAUUGAUACAAUUGUCUAGAAAAUGUGUGGAAACGAUGCUAGAUUCUUUCUUCUCUCUCUGAAAAGUGGGUUCAAUGAGAAUUAUCAUCCAUUCAUUGAUUAUGUUGACAAAUUAAUAUUAUUAAUCACCCGAGAAAUGUUCUUCUUCAUUUGUACAUCAUGUACUAGUUUAUUCAGGACAAAAUGUCAGAGGUUGUCUGGUAUAGCUCAGCUGGUAGAGCUGUCUCCUCAAAUGUGAAAAGAUCCAUUCUGAUGAUCUCAUCUUCAUAACAAUUAAAUUUUCUUUAAAUUACCACCUCUUCAACAACAAAACAACAAUAUUGUCUUUGCAAAACCCUUUGAACUGCUAUAUGCUCCAUAUUAUGAUGUUAUUGUUGUUAAUAUGGCUGCGUUGAUUAAUUCAAAAAGCCUCCUGGCAUAUUAUAGAUUUUAUUAUUUAUUUAGAAUAAGAUGGGAUACAACUUGAGAGGGACUAAUUGAUUUUAUUUUAUGGACUGUUGAGAGUUCUAUCCUUUCGAAUAUCAAUUUUGUAUUGUAUCACAAACAGUUAUAAUUCACUAGAGAUUCAUUAUAUUAAUAUUAUUUAGAUUAGCCUAUCAAUAGUUUUUAGCAAUCUCUUGUAAGAGAAACUUCUUGUUAAUAGAUAUUCUAUCUUUGAGGAAUAUUCUAUACAUUUCUCCUGUCUUCCAUCAUUAUCUACUUCAAUUUAUCAACUUUCAAUUAAUUCUCGAAAUAGUCCUAGCCUGCAAUUUUGAUAUUUCUAGCUCCUAGGUGUGGAACUCCUAUUCCCCCACGGGUAUCUGUGGUUAUAUUUCUAUAAUGUGUAUCUUUUUAUAUAAUUUAACUUAUACUCUAACUACUGUUGAAAGAACAAAAAUAAUAAAGAAAAAUCAAACAUUGAAUCUCUGGUUGUGAUGCCUUUUUGCCUUAAUUUUUUCAUCAUUAACUUAUCCAAUAUUGAACAAUAAUAAUUUCUGGUAUGCACUGAUUCGUUAUUGACUCUUUGUUGUUAUUGCUAUAAGUAGGUAAUUGCUCAGCAGAUCAGUUGGGAAUGAUGUGUCUGCUAAAUCCUUUGAAUGGGUUCGUAUCACACUAGGACUAGGAACAGGAAGCAGUGGCGUAACAGUUUUUUUCGGGCCCCCCGCAAACAUAUUUUCGGGCCCCCCAAAAUGACUUGGAUUUUAAGAUUUUUUACAACUUUGACAAAUGAUGUACCUUGUUUUAAUGUGUAUUGGAUUGUUUUAUAUGAAAAAGUCUUUGUAUUUUGUUCAUUAAAGCUUAUAUGUCACAUUCAAUGAUCAAUAAUAAUUAUAAUUUGCUAGUUUGAAA